GUAGUUAGUACAUCCAAUGCGCCUCUGUGGUGGAGCCGCAAUGAUGUCAGUUGCAGACCCCUCCACUGUUCAAACCUUUUCUUCUGUGUAACAGUCCGCCUGCGGUAGAAGUGCUGAGGCCGGGGGAGCCGCCAUUUUGAAUGUCAGGUUUGUUUCUCUCUCCGUCGCAAAGAGAGAAGAUUUCAGUGAUUUUCUGGUGUCAAUAUAGACGAGGAUGCCAGCUCCGAUCAGACUGCGGGAGCUGAUCCGGACGAUCCGGACAGCUAGGACCCAAGCCGAGGAGCGAGAGAUGAUCCAGAAAGAAUGUGCUGCUAUUAGGUCAUCUUUCAGAGAAGAGGACAAUACAUACCGCUGUAGAAAUGUUGCUAAGCUACUGUAUAUGCACAUGCUGGGAUACCCAGCACACUUUGGACAGCUGGAGUGCCUCAAAUUGAUUGCAUCUCAGAAGUUUACAGAUAAGCGUAUUGGAUACUUGGGUGCCAUGUUACUGCUAGAUGAGAGACAAGACGUGCAUUUACUAAUGACCAACUGCAUCAAGAAUGACCUCAACCACAGCACUCAGUUUGUGCAGGGGCUGGCGCUGUGUACCCUCGGCUGUAUGGGCUCAUCAGAGAUGUGCAGAGAUCUGGCAGGGGAGGUGGAGAAGCUACUAAAAACAUCAAAUUCCUACUUGAGGAAAAAGGCCGCACUGAGUGCAGUUCAUGUUAUCAGAAAGGUGCCUGAGCUUAUGGAGAUGUUCCUGCCAGCUACAAAAAACCUGCUAAAUGAGAAAAAUCAUGGUGUUCUCCACACAUCAGUUGUUCUUCUCACAGAGAUGUGUGAAAGAAGUCCUGACAUGUUAGCUCAUUUCCGAAAGCUUGUUCCACAGCUGGUUAGAAUCCUAAAGAAUCUCAUCAUGUCAGGAUAUUCACCAGAACAUGAUGUGUCUGGAAUUAGUGAUCCAUUUUUACAGGUCCGUAUACUGAGGUUACUCAGAAUUCUGGGUAGGAAUGAUGAUGAUUCCAGUGAAGCUAUGAAUGACAUUCUUGCACAGGUUGCCACCAACACAGAAACUAGUAAAAAUGUAGGCAACGCAAUCCUUUAUGAAACAGUUUUGACUAUCAUGGACAUCAAAUCUGAAAGUGGAUUGAGAGUUUUAGCCAUUAACAUCUUGGGACGGUUCUUGCUAAAUAAUGACAAAAAUAUUAGGUAUGUGGCAUUGACAUCACUACUGAAGACAGUACAGACAGACCACAAUGCUGUACAGAGACACCGGAGCACCAUUGUUGACUGUCUAAAAGAUUUAGAUGUCUCUAUAAAGAGACGUGCAAUGGAGCUGAGUUUUGCUCUUGUCAAUGGAAAUAACAUCCGUGGAAUGAUGAAGGAAUUGCUCUACUUCCUGGACUCCUGUGAUCCAGAGUUCAAAGCAGACUGUGCAUCGGGUGUCUUCCAUGCAGCAGAGAAAUAUGCACCCUCAAAAAGAUGGCACAUAGACACUAUUAUGAGAGUUCUAACCACGGCUGGCAGCUAUGUAAGAGAUGACGCCGUGCCCAACUUAAUUCAACUCAUAACAAACAGUGUGGAGAUGCAUGGGUAUACAGUGCAGAGGCUUUACAAAGCACUCAUUGAUGAUAUCUCGCAGCAACCUCUUACACAAGUGUCGUCCUGGUGUAUAGGUGAAUAUGGCGAUCUGCUGGUGUCUGGGAAGUGCGAGGAGGAGGAGCCCAUUCAGGUUACAGAAGAUGAAGUUCUUGACGUUUUAGAAGGCAUCCUGGUGUCAAACUUGUCGUCCACCGUUACAAGGGGAUAUUCUUUCACGGCAAUCAUGAAACUCUCCACCAGGUUUACUAGUGCUGUGAACCGAAUCAAGAAGGUUGUUUUGGUUUACGGUAGCAGCAUAGAUGUGGAGCUCCAGCAGAGGGCAGUAGAAUACAAUGCACUUUUCAAGAAAUACGAUCACAUGAGGCCGGCCUUAUUGGAGCGAAUGCCUAUCAUGGAGAAGACAUCCACCAAUGGUCCAACGGAGAUUGUGCAAACCAAUGGAGAAACAGAGCCUUCAAUCCUGGAAACUAAACACGUGCCCAAUGUCCCCCAGCCAGCUAACCAGGCAAAUGACUUGCUUGACCUUCUUGGUGGAAAUGAUGUAAUGCCUGUGAUUCAGACUGCACCCCCAACAAAACUAGUCUCAGCCGGUGGAGAGCUCCUAGAUCUGCUUGGGGAUCUCUCCCUUUCCGGGGGUGUUCCUGCAUCUGGCCCUCCGGUCUCAAUCUCCCAGCCUCCUUUCCUAUUGGAUGGGUUAGCAUCACAGCCACUUUUCAAUGAUGUUGCAGCAGGUAUUCCGCCUAUGAUAGCAUACAAUAAAAAUGGACUGAAAAUAGAUUUCACAUUUGAAAGGUCCAACACAAAUCCGAAUAUAGCAGUUAUAACCAUGCACGCCUCCAAUUCAACAGAGGCCGAGAUGACAGAAUUUGUAUUCCAGGCCGCAGUACCAAAGACGUUCCAGCUGCAGCUCCUGUCUCCCAGCAGUAAUAUUGUCCCAGCACUGAACGCAGGAACCGUCACACAGAUUAUUAAAGUACUCAACCCACAGAAGCAACAACUUCGAAUGAGGGUCAAGUUGACCUACACCCAUAAAGGUUCAUCUCUACAGGAUCUGGCAGAGGUCAACAAUUUCCCUCCUCAAUCUUGGCAGUGAUGACCACAAUCCCUCAUCUUAAUCCCCUACUAUGGGAACUCUGGGAAGAAUCCCCUUGACUGAUCCCAUGUGACUGUAUCACCACAAAGUACAACCCUGGGGUGCACAGGGAACAACUGGAUCUGAUAUAAGAUGAUGACGAUAAUGAUUUCUGAAAACCUAUCCAUUAGUAACUCUUUUUUUUUUAUUAUAUUUAAUUGAUUUCACCUCCAACUGAAGAUGUCUGCUUGCCUUAACCACUGCACCCCAUCCAUCUGUUGGUACACACACACGCAAACUCUGCGCACCUGCACAACACCUCCCAUCUGCUGUCUCCUUUUGUUUUCUAUCUUGUGAAGACCCCCACACUUCUUUAUCAAUGAGUGCACAACAGCUUUUCUUUUCUUUUAUUUCUUUCUUUCUUUCCCCUUUUAAAUACAUGUAACUAAAAUCUAAGACCAACUAGCUUAUUACAUCCAUCACUUUUAUCUUUGCUGGUCCAAGAUCCUAAAACCUUUAUUUUUAAAUUCAGUUUUGUCUAGCUCUGAGGUUACAGUAAAGAAUUUGCUGACUCUAGAUCACAAAAAUGUUUGUCUUAAAUAAGUCUAUCCUGAGAUUUAUUUUCAUUUUGAUACAUUCUGCUUGAAGCUCUUUUUGCAUUUACUUAUUUAGGAGGAAAAUCAAACGUCCUAUAUGGAUUAAAAUGAACCAAGGAAAAUUUCUGUUGGAGUCCGCUGUAGGUGUUUGGAUAAGAAGGGUCGAUUUUAGGCUACAAUCAUGUAUGAAAUAAUUGAAAACCAAAGGCUUAUUCUCCUCCUUAAAAACAGUGACUAUAAACAUUGUGGUGGAAGGGAUGAGUAUCUCCUUCUCUAAGGCAUGAAAUAAAUCUGUGCUUUUUGUUUAACUGUUGUAGCACUGGCAAUACAGCUGUUUUUAUAAAUUUGUAUUUAAUGUACCGUAGCGGUUAAUAUUGUUCAAUUGCUUCCAAUCAGAAAAAAUGCCCCAAACACAUGGGGAAAUAGUGGAUGGUACAUUUCUAUAACAAUGGAUGAAGACCAGAUGCUUUGUAACAUGCUGUACUCUAAUUAAGAAGAAAAAAAUAGUUUUUAUUAAAAUUGUCUAAUGAGGGGGUUGCAAAGUUGCAUUUACUGGCUAACAUUUAUCCAUUGAAAGUAAGAUGCAUUUUCCUGACUUGAAGUGUUCAAAAUAAUUUUGAAGUACAACAGCACUUUUUUUUUUUUUUUAAAAACCUCAAAGGAUAUGCUGAAAAGUUGUGAUAAUGAAAGCUAGGUUUGUUCUGGUUUAGUUCAGGAUACAGGUAGUAUUUUCAUUCCAGAAUGAAAUCUCUUUUUUUUUCAAUUUUUCUGUUAACAUUUAAUAACCUGCCAGAUAUAUCUAUUGUACUCAUUUCAGUGAUUUUAAAUAUUCUUAUUUUGCCUGUGUUUAGCCCUAAACUCCCGCACUAAGAUUGCUUAUGAGCAAGACCUAUCUGCAUCCAUAAAGUCUUACUGCUUCUGUCACUCUGAUUUUUAAUAAGUAACCAUAGGAGAAAAUAUUUGUAUGUCUAGCUAGGCAUUGGAAUAUGAUCUUGAAUGUAGUGCUAAGUUGUGAGCACACUUUUCUCCUACACUUGGGUUCAUCUCAUAACAACCUCAUCCCGCCCCAUUUACCACCAGUAGACAGGAAAAAAAAAAAACCCAUAAGCCAUGGAAAAUAGACCUUUCAGUCUGUUAACAUUCUAAUCUUGGGCAUGUUUUAAAAUGUGUAGAAAUAAUGCCUGCUAUUAAAGUGUGCCUUUUAAUUUAUCAUAGGCCGAUUUCCUGGUGCCACCCCCUGUAUUAGUUUAUUCUUUAUAUUUGGACAUGGCUCUGCCUCGUGAGCUGUUAUGUGUUUAAUUAUAACGUCCUUGUCAAAGAACACCGUCUGUGUCUGGUAAGACUGAGUAAACCUCAAUACCUGUAUCACUACAGCUUCCAGCUAAAAGAGAAUUUGGUUAGCAGCACUAAGAAAUGUAAUGUUAAUGACAUUUUAGUUGCAUUUACUUUACUGUCCAGAUGGAUUCUAUUACUGUGAUGUCUAAUGUGAUUUUUUUUUUUUAUGCAUUGUACAUACUCUUUCUUUUUGUCAUAACACACAUUUAAAUUGUUGUUUCAAAAGUAUAUAAAUUACUUAUUAUUUUAUACUUCUGAAAUCUUAAGUGCAAAUUACUAAUAGUCCCGUUUUUAAAUGCAAAAACAAAUUCAUAGGUGGAUAACUUCCUAUUUUCUCAACAAUAGCUGCUGUUAAUUUUUAUAUCUCUCGCAACAUAGUUGUUUCAAAGGUGAAUUUAAAAUGGUGUAUAUAAACCACAGUCACUAAAUUGUGAGGCGUGUACAGGACAGUAGAAAGUCUUGGAGAUUUUUAGUAGAUGUACCUGAAUGCUUUAGUGUUACUGAUUUGUAAUAUGCCCCUAAAGCUAACAUAAUUUGCUUUAUGGUUGAUCAAGCUUUAGUUAUUAGUUACUUAAAGGAGUGGGGGGGGGGGGUGAUUGGUUUAAGUAUAGACUUUUGAACAGUGAUGCCCUAUUUACUUUGAGUAGCAGAUGUAAGAAAUGUUACGUUAAGAAUUAAACAACAUGGAUCUCUUUCUUUAAUGUGUGUAUAUAUUGAUGGUAUUUUCUUUUCUUGACAGAGAUGAUAAGACUCCCUGAUUCCUUGUAUAUUACAGAACAAACAGCAUCUGCUGCCUGUAUAUUGUAUAUAAUUGUACAAAAUAUUGCUGAAUGGAUAUCCAGUUGAAGACCAGGUUACAAAUUAGUUAUCAUUACUUAAUUGCUAUACAGCUAUUUAAUUAUUCAUUGAGGGAGACAAACCACUUUCUCUGUGGUUUGUUGGAUCUAAAGAUGAGGAUAGUUGUGUUUUUUUCUUUUUUUUUUGUUUGUUUGUUUUUUGGCAUACAUUUAUCUUGCAAAAAUGAAAUUCUCCAAAUUUUGUGAAGAUUUAACUUCAGUGAAACAAUUCAGAAGUUGCUGGUGGCUGGGGUUUAUUAUUUGGGGUGUACUAAAAAAUUUAAAUUGUUUAUGGAGCUAAGCUACUGAGUAGGUUGAUUCUAGUGGUGUGCAGUAACAGCAAUAACACAGAUAUAUGUUUGUUGCUUUGGACCGUUUAGUCUGUUUACAUUCUCUUUAAGGGUAGUGAGCUCCUUGCCAAGGUAGCAAGAUCUGCCUUCAGCAUUGCACUGUAUAAUAUUGCUUGGCUAUUGUUCCCUGCUCAAGACCCCAUCUAAAUCUGUUUUUUGUAGAUUGCAUCCCUUGAGCCAGACUGGCACUCAAGGGAUAGAGGUGCACAUAUAAUUGAAGUAGACUGGCUCCUAGGGUGCCUUUAACGCUGGACUGCAUGGAAUGUUGUGUGUGUUUUUUUUUUUUUUUGUCUUUUAUAAAUUGUUUAAAAUGCAUAGCUCAAAUGAAGUAUCUAAUCUCUGUUUGAAUGGUGGACCAUGCUUGUGCCCACUAUUAGCUGGUGGAACUUGCCUGCCCCAUCUCAAGCAGAGCUGAACAUUUUGUACCAGGAGCUUUUGGCUCUUGGAUCGAUUUAAUUACGAAUAAGUAAAAGAAACUGAUUAACUCAAGCAAUCAAUAAAAAUCAUUAGGUAAACCUUUCUGUGUGUUUUCAUAAAGGCUACCAGUAGAGGCAUAUACGGUUAUGAAUGGCAGGCAGUCUGCUGAAACGGCAAGGGGCUUGUUUCUGUAUUCUCUCUUGUGCCAAGAGCUGUGCGUCACUACUUUUGUAUAAAAAAAAAAAAAAAAAAAAGCUUGUUCAGUUUUGUUUGCAGUUUUUUUUUGCUCUGUUUUACAAAAUUGUUCCAGCUUGCUUGACAUGGGAAUAAUCCCACCGGUCUUUUUAGCAUUUGCAUGGGUCACUGCUGUUCAUUAUGUUUUUCAUAGUGCUCUACCUCCUUUUGUGUGUGUGUCUGUAUAAGCUAGCCUGCUGUGUAAAGCUGGGAGGUGGCAGUGUAGCUAAGUUCUUACAUUUGAGGACUGGGAAGCUGGGUAUUAUGGUCUUAUUGUCGAGUGUUUUGAAUGUUUAAAAUAAAUAAAUCCAAUGAAUGACAGUAUGAAUAUCUAUUUUUUUUUAAUUAUUCGUGGAGUUACUCCUUUUAGGAAAUAACUUAAAUUGAGCACUAUCUGUUUUUAUUAUUUUUGUUUGCACAGGCAGCAGCUUUCCACUAGUGUGCGCUGAGCAAACUGAGGCUUAAAAGGAUUGAAAAAUACAUUUUCCUUUUCAAUGCAAGUCAGUUCAUUACUGACUGGCUUGUGUGAUCAGUCUUGAUUACUGAAAAGGGAAAUCUCCAUGUUUGUUAACCAUAUACAAUGCAUUUACAGCAUUGCUGAAAAAUGUAUGAACAGCAAUGGAACCUGUAAUCUUAAUGCUGUGUUACCUAGUCUAUGUGUGUGUGUGUGUGUUUGUGUUUUUUUUCUUCUCCACUGCUCCACAAGGUGAAAUGUACAACUUACGGACAGUUGCAACAGUUGAACAAUUUUUGGCUUCAGAGUUGCAUGUGAAAACCAUUGUAAAUAUUCUCAUUACUACUCCUGUAUUUUAUUUUUUAAAUGCUAAAAACAAAACGUUUUUUCUGCACUGGAACAUAAUGUUAAUUAGGGUGUAAACACCUAUUAAUAAAGCUUAAGAGUUUUGAAAAUC